GAGUGGAAGGUUAUUGAAGAAAUGGAUUUUCCAAGAAUAUCAAAAUUGAGUCUACCAAAUGUUCUUGAUCCAGAUGAUUUGGUAAAAUGUGGUGAACUGGAAUAUUAUGACAAGGCUUAUGAUCGUGUCAACAUUAAGAAUGAAGUCCCACUUGCCUUGCAAAACAGGAUUUUCCAUAAAGUCACAACGACUGAUGAUCCUGUUAUCAGAAAUAAUCUCUUGUCUUUGUGAGCAAUGGAACAUUGUUCUUCAAUUUGGCAUUAAAUCCACAAAAAAGAUAAAUUCUUUAAGGCAGGUGUUAAUGAGAUCUGAAGGUCAAUCUGUGUUCUGGCUAUUUAUCAAGGAACAUCUUAGCUCUAGUGAAAUAAUGACAUAUAAUUCUUUACAUAAUGUAAUGACAGAUGUUGGUAGAGCUCAAGCAUGGCUUAGGUCUAGUUUAAACGAGCAAUCACUGGAGAAAUAUCUUCAUAGCUUCAUUGGGCAUAAACAAUUGCUUUUUCAGUAUUAUGAGCAAGAUGCAUUAUUAUUGGAUGAUGAACGAUCUAGUAUGUUACCAAUGAUGGCUGCUGGCUUAAGUUCAAUUCUUUUUGCAAUUGACAUUGACAAAGCUGAGUUUAACUCUAUUACUGUACAGAUUCCGGCAAUAUCAGCCAAGCAGUUUCUCGUCCAACAUCAAUAUGGGCUGUACCAUCACCAAUGUAUGCGACGUCAGGAGCUCCUGGAAAAGAAAAGAAAAAACGUAAAAAAAAGAAAGCAAACAUUGCUCAAAUUGAAAAUGUUGAAUUCAAAGAGACGGAAGAAGGAACUUCUACUGUCAGUUCUCAUGGUAGUUCUUCCACAACAACGACUGCUCACGAUAGUGCCACGAGUUUUACCCGAGCGGCAUACGACAUAUUACAACGUAAUACUGAUUCUCAGGUACAUGCUCGUGGUAACCAUGCUUUCACUAAAAGGCCUGACGAUUUUCUUGAAAUGCCAAAGAACUCUCAGUUGGCUUAUUGUUCGAAUUCUGAGAAUUCAAGUCUUUCUUCCACAAUGGCGAAAACCAACGUUGAGAACAAGGAGAAUGAAACAGAUGAACAAGUGGCUCGAUUAACAAAGAAAAGCCAGGAAGUUCUGCAUCUUAAAAACGAGUUUAAAACUGCGAAUGAUUUGAAAAAAAAUCAUUCUUUGACAACAUCUUUGCAAUCAGGGCAUUACACUGACUCAUCGCUCUUGUCGGAGGAAGAAGUGUGUGAGCCUCUUGUUGAUAUGAACAGCGGUGUAUCUCUAAUUCCCGUAGUUUGCCCCGAUGACGAUAAAGGAGUUAGGGUCUAGCUAUGUCAGAUGAAAAUGAGCGAUUUACUGUUGCACCUGAGACGUCGCGACAUUUAGUUCAUUCAAUAAAUGAUUCGCCCGUUUCAAGUAUUUACACUGAUGAAGACGUCGAGAAUGAUGCAAGUUUAGCAAUUGGAGCAACUGUUGCAGCGAUAUGUGCCACACGUGAUGGUAGCAUAGAAAUUAAUGAUUACUCAGGAUCGUCAUUGGUCAGAACCAUGGGUGAUGGUUGUAUGAAUCCAUCAGAGGAAUAUCCAUCAGGCAAAGAAAUGACUUCAGAGGAAUUAAAACAGGCGAUUGUAUCGAUGAUGUUAAGAAAAGAUGAAGUUGAAGAACGUAACAGAUCAUUACAACAACAUUUGGAAAAGAGAUGAUGAAGUCAGCUUCUCUUCGUCUUCAAUUAGAAGAUUUAAAAAGAGAUAUGUCGU